AUGGGAGUCCCAGCGUUCUAUAGGUGGCUUGCCGAGAAAUAUCCGAUGGUGAUUGUCGACUCCGUCGAGGAAGAAGCGGUUGUUAUCGAGGGCGUUCAAAUCCCUGUCGAUACGAGUAAGCCAAACCCUAACAACAUCGAAUAUGACAAUCUUUAUCUUGAUAUGAACGGUAUCAUUCAUCCUUGUUUUCAUCCUGAGGAUAGGCCAUCUCCAACUUCUUUCGAGGAGGUGUUUGAGUGUAUGUUUGAUUACAUUGAUAGGCUGUUUAACAUGGUGCGACCAAGGAAAUUGCUCUUUAUGGCUAUUGAUGGCGUUGCGCCGAGGGCUAAAAUGAACCAGCAACGGUCUAGGCGGUUUAGGUCAGCUAAAGACUCAUCUGAUGCGGCUGCUGAAGAAGCAAGGUUAAGGGAGGAAUUUGAGAGGGAGGGAAGAAAACUUCCUCCUAAAGAAGAGUCACAGACUUUUGAUUCAAAUGUAAUCACGCCUGGAACCGAAUUCAUGGCUGUUUUGUCAAUUGCACUUCAGUACUAUAUUCAUCUUAGGCUGAACAACGAUCCUGGUUGGACAAAUAUCAAGGUUAUUCUCUCUGAUGCAAAUGUUCCUGGUGAAGGGGAGCAUAAGAUUAUGUCCUAUAUCCGCCUUCAAAGAAAUCUUGAAGGAUAUGAUCCGAAUACACGACAUUGCCUGUAUGGUUUGGAUGCUGAUUUGAUUAUGUUGGGUUUGGCUACCCAUGAAGUCCAUUUUUCAAUUCUUAGAGAGGUUGUAUUUACUCCUGGACAAGACAAAUGCUUUGUGUGUGGUCAGAUGGGUCAUAUGGCGGCAGAUUGUCAAGGACAGGCUAAAAGGAAGGCAGGAGAAUUUGAUGAAAAAGGAGAUGCUAUUGUUGCUAAAAAGCCCUUUCAGUUUCUGAACAUUUGGACUCUGAGGGAAUAUCUGGAGUAUGAAAUGAGAAUACCUAAUCCUCCUUUUGAGAUUGAUUUUGAAUGCAUAUUGGAUGAUUUUAUCUUCAUAUGCUUUUUUGUUGGAAAUGAUUUCCUACCACACAUGCCUACGCUAGAGAUUCGCGAGGGUGCAAUUAACUUGCUGAUGGCCGUAUACAAGAAGGAAUUUAGGGAAUUGGGUGGUUAUUUGACAAAUGGUAGUAAGCCAAAUUUAAGCAGAGUGGAGCAUUUUAUUCAGGCUGUUGGGUCAUAUGAAGAUAGCAUAUUCCAGAAAAGAGCACGGUUGCAUCAGCGACAAGUUGAAAGAAUAAAGCGUCAGAAGUCACAAGCAAGAAGAGGCGACGAUGUUGGGCCUCAAGUUCAACCCGAAUCUCUAGUUGCCAUUUCAAAAUUCCAUGGUUCUCGUCUUGCUUCAGCUCCAACGCCUUCACCGUUUCAACAAUCUGGGCCCACUUCAGUUAGUAAAGGCAAUAAAGAAGUCUUUGAGAGGCCUAGUAAAGUGUCUAGGUCAUCUUCAGGAGCAACUGUUGCUGCUGCAAUUGUUGAAGCUGAGACCAGUCUUGAAAUGGAUGCUCAAGAUAAUAAAGACGACUUAAAAAUAAAGCUAAAGGGGGUACUUCGUGACAAAAAUGAUGUGUUCAACUCAAAAGAUGGUCACGAGGACAAGAUUAAGUUGGGAGAACCUGGCUGGAAGGAGAGGUAUUAUGAGGAAAAAUUUUCUGCUCAAACUCCGGAGGAACUUGAUGCCAUACGGAAAGAUGUUGUCUUGAAAUACACAGAAGGUCUAUGUUGGGUGAUGCAUUAUUAUUAUGAAGGUGUUUGUUCUUGGCAAUGGUUUUAUCCCUAUCAUUAUGCCCCUUUUGCGUCUGAUCUCAAGGACCUUGGCGGGCUUAAUAUUAACUUUGAGUUGGGUACCCCAUUCAAACCAUUUGAUCAGCUUCUUGGAGUUUUUCCCGCUGCAAGCUCUCAUGCUCUACCCGAGCCAUAUAGGAAACUUAUGACUGAUCCAAACUCUCCAAUUAUUGACUUUUAUCCAAUAGAUUUUGAAGUGGACAUGAAUGGCAAACGCUAUGCUUGGCAGGGUAUUGCAAAGUUGCCUUUUAUUGAUGAAGUGCGCCUUCUUCAGGAAGUUAGGAAAGUAGAGAACUUGUUAACUCCAGAGGAAAAGCGACGGAAUGCAAUAAUGUUCGAGAUGAUUUUUGUGAAUUUGUGUCAUCCUCUCUCUGCAUGCAUUAGUACACUCGACAACAAAUGUAGAAACAUGUCCAACACUGAACGUGCUGAUGUCAAGGAAAAAAUAGAUCCCAAUGAAAGGGAUACAUGCAGUGGUGGAAUGAAUGGAUACAUAUCCUUAUGUGGUGGAGAACCUUGCCCUCCCAUAUUCAGGUCCCCUAUUGCAGGCAUGGAAGACAUCAUGGAUAAUCAUGUCAUAUGUGCAAUCUAUAGACUUCCAGAUGUGCAUGAACAUAUAACCCGACCACCACAUGGAGUAAAAUUUCCAAAGAAGAUUGUGACGCCUGGGGAUCUACAACCUGAACCUGUUCCAUGGCAUGAAGAUAAUGGUAGGAGAUAUAACGAAAGUGGAAGAAAAAACCCACCGGGAUCCAUUUCUGGCCGGGAGCUUGGAGAGGCAGCACACAGACUCGUUGCCAAUUCCUUACAGGUCAGGUCGGAUGCAAAUAGAUACCAUCAUCCUAAUGGAUCAACGAUGCCUUAUAAUGGCCCAAGGGGUCACAGACACUCACACCCUCGCAAUAACUAUGAAUCGCACCCUGGCUAUAACUACGAUUCACGCCCUGGCUAUGCUGCUGGACUUCAUCCGCCUUUAUCAGCUCCUCCGCAGUAUAUACCUUAUACUGCCCCUACUGCACAGUAUGGUUAUAACCAACCAUACACUCCACCAGUUAUUCAUAGUCCUCAUCAUCAAUCAAAUUCCUUUCCAAGAGGUGACCAUCAAAACCCUAGAUCACAUCAUUAUGAUAGAAAUAACUACCAUGUUGAUGGUGGAAAUGCAAGGCAUUCUACAGGAAACUAUCAAAAUCCUCGCUUUACAAAUACACAAGGUUCAUAUCCCCGUCAAAGUCAUCAUGAUUCUGGGCGUCACAGCCAAAACUUCCAACCAUAUAGAGGAGGUUCUGACCAGCAUUGGACUCCACGGGGUAACCCUAGUGGGUAUAGAGAUUAUGGUCAACAGUCAGCCAAUCAUUAUUCUCUAUUAGAUAGAGGAGCAGGUAGGAAGCCAAUGCCGCCACCUGGUCAUAAUCGUGGCAAAUAA